GGAUCAAUGCGCAGCGGGAGGUGUACAUAUUCUUCGAUAGAUUGCAUUUGAGCAUUUGGCUCUCCUACUGUAAAACAAGAGCAAUGCACGUGGCCGCCCUCUAUCGCUACUCCACACGACGCAACACGCAGGAGCGGAGCGAGCGGGCGAGAGAGCUGCAGGACGCGGCGCGGGGCACCUUCACCGUCGCAUCUCUCCCAGAGGCGCUGCCCUGUCACCACUUUGACGCCCGCUUCCCCCAGGGCGCGGAUGUCUGGGGCAACAUCCUCCUCCGUGACGAGACGGAGUUGCGAGAGUGGGUGCGGUACUGCCGGCCGAGCUCGCGUGAGGAGGCGGAGAAGAACGGCGGCUGUGUUAUCUUCCAACCGGCAACGUCAAGGUCAGAGGCGGCUGCCUCUACCGGUGCGCCGCGGUACUACUGCAUCACGGCAACGGAUGAUACCGUGUAUGGCCGAGCGGCCUACUUUUCCGAGUCCGUCUCCGCCAUUACAGACCGUGCGGAGGUGGCGAACGCCGUGCCCCGUGAAGCUCCACAACAGCAGAGUUCAAACGGUAGUUGAACUCCUCGGCGGCACCCUGCUGGGGUUGUUUCUUACUACGCUGCAUUCUUUUCAUUACAGUCUUUCAUUGAUGUCUCCGAGUAUUUCCGCGAUGCCAACCAUUUUCCCUUCAUUCCCUUCUCUAAGGCGCCGUCAAAACAAUAAAUACUUUCCACCGUUUCUUUCGCUGCUGCUCCUUCUGUCUUUCUGCCACAACCACAACUUUCAACUUUUAGUUUUUACCUUUUCGACGGCGUCUCUCUCUUUCUCUUGUAUUUUUCUCUUGACACGUGUGAAGCGCAUGUGCUUCUCUUCUUUCUGUCUGUCUGUCUGUGUGAUCCGCACCAACGCCGUGCAUCUCACCUCAUCUCCAGUUUAAAUGAAACUGCCCAUUCUCUUCAACACCGUCGAGGAACGCACAACAUAUGUCUCUUUCGCACAUGUAGUCGCUGGCGUUAUAUUUCAUGUAUUUGUUUUUUCUUGUUUUUGAUUGUCUCUUCCGUUCCGCUCUCUCUCACACGAUAUAGCCGACCCCCUUCUCAUCUCUUCUCUCAUCGGUAGAAGCAGGCUCGUGCCUGCGGGCGUUGUCAGAUGAUUUUCUUUUCCAAGAAAAAGGCUUUCUUUUCAUUUAUAUAUUUCUCUCUUUCAUCAUGCCUUUUUGAAGUCUGAUCUGCCUUCUUCUCACUCGACAGCACUCCCUAUUCGCCGCCGCCGCGUGCACCAUCUGUGCGAGUGUGUCACCAUCAUGUAUCCCGCGGAGGUGUAGUAAAAGGUGUGAUUGUGUGCCCACCACCUUCGGUGCCUCUCUCUCUCUCUGUGGUGAUCUCCUUUUCUAUUGUUUCUUUUUUGUGUGUGCUGUUUCGUAGUAACCGUUGACCUGACUUGGAUGAAGAUAGAAUGGUCGCUACAUUUGGGGUUUGGGGUUUAACCGGACUGACACGGCUUUCGGUGUGUUGUCUCAACGCUCAUGUACACCGCUUUUUUUCCUUCUCGCCGAGUCGAUGAAAGGACAUCAAAUAAUUGCGCUUUUCACCCCUCGUUGAAGUCCGUGUUUUUUCUCUUCCUCCUUUUUGUUUUUAACGAGUCAACGCUGUUCUUCAAACAAAC